AUGCUACUCUCGAUCGACCCAACAAACUUUGAUCUCAUCGCCGUCGGCACCGGUCUGUCUGAAUCCAUCAUUGCCACCGUAGCUUCCGCAGCCGGAAAAACUGUUCUCCAUCGGAUGAAGAAGAUGUCGAAGAAUUUCUUCUCCAUUGUUAAGGCCAGCGAUCGCGUUGUUUGCCAUUUCUAUCUUGAAAAUUGGCCUUGCAAGGUGGGGUUUGAUGAGCUUGGUGGGAGUGAUGAUUUUAGCACUAAAGAACUGGAGGAGAGGUUGGGGAAAGAUGAUUCAAUGGAUGAUAUUGGUGAUAUUCCAAUUCUAUUGGAAUGUAAUUGUGAGUUCCAAUUCUAUUGGAAUGGAAUCAUGAAUUCUAAUUCUGUUGGAAUCACAGAAGUUGAUGCUUGA